AUGUUCGCGGUCACGACGCCCGUGGGGAUCGCCAUCGGGCUGGCGGUGUUCGGGCCUGGCGAAAGCGAAGGAGUAAAACUAGUACUGCUCACGGGCGUGAUGUCCGCGCUUUCGGCAGGAAUGCUCAUAUAUGCGACGUGCGUUGAGAUGCUCGCGGGUGAUUUUGUGCUCGACCCACAUCUGUGGCGCUCUAGUGUCGGCCGGCAGGCUCUCGCGCUGUGUGCACUGCUGGCAGGUGUGGCUGCGAUGGGGGCGGUUGGAAUCGUUGGAGAGUAG